AUGGCCAUUACAGUGAAUUACCCAAUGUUCAUUAAAGCAGUAAAUUCUGAAGGAGAAUACAAGGAUAAACAUUUUAUUGUCAAUUUGAUUAAAGAGGUGAUAGUCAUGAUUGGGCCUUCAAAUGUUGUGCAGCAAACUUAUCCCCAUAUAUUUUGGACACCCUGUGUUGUGCACACUUUAAAUCUUGCUCUAAAAAAUAUUUGUGCAGCAAAGAAUACAGAGGCUAAUGAAAUCAUCUAUGCUGAAUGUCAUUGGAUAACAGUGGUUGCAGAUGAUGUUGUUCUGAUCAAAAAUUUUAUUAUGAACCAUUCGAUGAGACUUUCAAUGUUUAAUGAUUUCUCCCACUUGAAAAUGUUAGCUGUUGCUGAAACUCAUUUUGCCUCUAUAAUAAUCAUGUUUAGAAGAUUCAAAUAA